CGAUCUUUGUGUGUGAGUGAGCCUGACGCGGUGCAUUGUGGGAGGCAGUCUCUCUGACGCCGUCCUGUUUAUUUCUUUGCAUCCAAACGCCACUUUUCCUCUCUAAAACGAAGCUAAAAUGCAGAGCAAAGUCGACAUUAUCUAAAGUAUUAAAUUAAAAGAAACAUUUAACAGCCGCAGUCGCGAGGACGGACUGUAACAUGGAGCCCGGGGAAGGUGUCGGCAGUGCCACGCCCACGGAGGAGAUGAACGGAGCCGGGAACCUGAUGGACUUCCUGGACGAGCCUUUUCCUGACGUGGGCACGUACGAAGACUUCCACACCAUCGAUUGGCUGAGGGAGAAAUCCAGAGACACGGACCGCCACCGCAAGAUCACCAGUAAGAGCAAGGAGUCCUUCUGGGAGCUGAUCAAGAGCCUGCUGGACGCCUGGUCCGGGUGGGUGGUGAUGCCUGCUCAUCGGGCUCCUCUAGGUCAGUGGGAAGGGAAGCGGGACGCUGGCCGGGGUCAUAGACCUGGCGGUGGACUGGAGACGGAUCUGAAGGAGGGCGUGUGUCUGUCGGCCUUCUGGUACAGCCACGAGCAGUGCUGCUGGACGUCCAACGAGACCACUUCGACGACCGGACAAGUGUCCCCAGUGGCAGAAGUGGGCGAGCUGAUGACGGGCCACGCCGAGGGAGCGGGAGCGUACGUGUUGAACUACUUCCUGUACGUGCUGUGGGCUCUGCUGUUUUCCUUCCUGGCGGUGUCCCUGGUCCGAGUCUUCGCUCCCUACGCCUGCGGGUCGGGAAUCCCAGAGAUCAAGACGAUCCUGAGCGGCUUCAUCAUCCGGGGCUACCUGGGAGAAGGGACCCUGCUGAUCAAGACGGUCACCCUGGUCCUGGCGGUGUCGUCGGGUCUCAGUCUGGGGAGGAGGGCCUCUGGUCCACGUGGCCUGCUGCUGCGGGAACCUCUUCUGCAGUCUCUUCUCCAAGUGUUAUCGGCUGCAGCAGCAGCGGGGGUGUCGGUGGCGUUCGGUGCCCCGAUCGGAGGAGUUCUGUUCAGCCUGGAAGAGGUCAGUUACUACUUCCCUCUGAAGACUCUGUGGCGGUCCUUCUUCGCCCGCCCUGGUCGCCGCCUUCACGCUGCGCUCCAUCAACCGUUCGGCAACAGCCGCUGGUGCUCUUCUACGUGGAGUACCACACGCCGUG